ACGCACUGUCCCCGGCAGCGGCUGAGAAACCCCUUCGGUCAAAGAUGGCGGACUCGCAGUCGACGAGUCUGGGGGAUGAUACGGAGAAGGAGGGCAGGGAGCGCGCCGCCUGGAAGUCGCCGAGAAUCGAGAGGAGCAAGGAGAAGGUCGGGGGAGAGGAGAGCUUGCGAUUCAACGACAAAAACGGCAGCCACAACAAGGGAAAGAAACGCAACCUGUCAGAUUUGUCUCUGGUCAGGUUUGUAACUACUGAGCUGACCCGGGGUUACUUCCUGGAGCACAACGAGGCCAAAUACACCGAGCGCCGGGAAAGAGUGUACACCUGCUUACGCAUCCCCAAGGAACUGGAGAAGUUGAUGACGUUCGGCUUCUUCCUGUGUUUGGACGCCUUUCUGUACGUCUUCACUCUGUUGCCCCUCAGAGUGCUGCUGGCCCUGCUGCAACUCAUCACGCUGCCGUGCUGCGGCCUCGGAGGGACCCGCCUGCUCCAGCCGGCACAGGUGUGCGACGUCCUAAAGGGCUUCAUCAUGGUGCUGUGUUACUCCAUGAUGAGCUACGUGGACUACGCCAUGAUGUACCACCUCAUCCGGGGCCAGUCGGUCAUCAAGCUGUACAUCAUCUACAACAUGCUGGAGGUGGCAGACCGCCUCUUCUCAUCUUUUGGCCAGGACAUCCUGGACGCGCUGUACUGGACGGCCACGGAACCUAAAGAGAAGAAAAGGGCCCACAUAGGCGUCAUCCCCCACUUUCUCAUGGCCGUGCUCUACGUCUUUCUCCACGCCAUCCUCAUCAUGGUCCAGGCCACCACGCUCAACGUGGCCUUCAACUCCCACAACAAGUCGCUACUCACCAUCAUGAUGUCCAACAACUUUGUGGAGAUCAAAGGAAGCGUGUUCAAGAAGUUUGAGAAGAACAACCUUUUCCAGAUGUCAAACAGCGACAUAAAAGAGAGGUUCACCAACUACAUCCUCCUGCUCAUCGUCUGCCUGAGAAACAUGGAGCAGUUCUCCUGGAACCCGGACCACCUGUGGGUGCUUUUUCCCGACGUCGCCAUGGUGAUUGCCUCGGAGGUGGCGGUGGAUGUGGUCAAGCACGCAUUCAUCACCAAAUUCAACGACAUCAGUGCUGACGUGUACGGGGAGUACCGAGCCAGCCUCGCCUUUGACCUCGUCAGCAGUCGACAAAAAAAUGUACACAGCAAACGUCAUCAAGUAGACGGCCGCUGUGUGUUGCGUGUUAAUGGCGUUGUAUGUGUGUAUGUGUGUGUGUGUGUGUGUGUGUGUGUGUGUGUGCAGGCUUAUACAGACUACAGCGACUCUGUCUCCAGAAGAAUGGGCUUCAUUCCUCUUCCUCUAGCGCUCCUGCUGAUCCGAGUGGUGACCAGCUCAGUGAAGAUCCAGGGCUCGCUCUCCUUCAUGUGUGUGCUGCUCUUUUAUUUGGGGCUGAUCACCCUGAAGGUGCUCAACAGCAUCGUUCUGCUCGGCACGUCUUGCGUGUUCGUCAAAGAGGCCAACAUGGAGGAGAAGCUCUUUGACCCGCCGCCCUCGGCCGUCUCCAGUCGCGUCAACUCCAGGGCGAAUCGCACCAAAGCGCAGCACACUGCGCCCCAGCCAGAAGCCGCCACAGACAAAGGAGGAAUACCGCUGGCGUCAGUCAGCCCCCAACCAGCGCACGUGCCAGAAACCCCCGCCCCCGCCGCGCUCCCCAAGAGCGACUCCGACGUUUUCCUCACCACCCCCGACGAGGACGAGGACGAUAUUGUUAAAAUCAUCAACACCGACACGGGCCUGGACGAGGAUGUGCUUGCCCGUAGAACGCCCAAAAAGGACCUGCUGGAGAUAGACCGCUUCACCAUCUGUGGCAAUCGCAUCGACUGAACGCCACCAGGACCUGGGAACCGGGGUGGAGGCGGUCGCUGACCGGGAAGCGCGCCACGGAUCGGGGUUCCAUGCGCACAGCUGAGCCAAUCAGUAUUUAUUAAUUUAUUGCUGACAGAAGCCAGCCGGGGCAUUAAGCUGCUCCUCCAGGAUGUCCCGGCCGGGCAGGAGGACCAUCACAAGUCCACUCGGCUCACGGGACCGCCCCUCGGCUGCACGACCCGCCACCAAGGGUGCGAGAGUGACGUGGAGCCUAAAGCGUCUCGUACAGAGUGCUGUCAUGUUACAGCUGCGCUGGGUUUGCGAAAGCACAAUCCACCGAAAAUUCUUUCAUUUUGAAUGGUUUCUUUUAGCGAAAAGUCAGUGUUUUUAUUGAGCAUGGCAGCUGAAAGACUGACGUGGCUGUUGUGUUCUAUCCAACACAGGAAGUGUAGCCGCACACCUUUCUAGAUCAAAUCACGCAGGGUAUUCUUCUUUCACUUUAACUUGGCAAAUGACUGCUAUGGCUCCUUUUUUGCACUCUUUCGUUUUCACCUGCGAACCGUCGAACCGUAAACUCAGUAAAGUCGUGUUUGCAGGGCAAAUCUUUCAUAUCAUUCAAAUAGGAAGUGUUUUGCACAAUGAGUUUUUCUCCAUGGUUAUUUGUCAUGCGUGAAUAUUGGGCUUCCUUUACAGCAGGGGUGUCCAAAGUAAGACCCAAUUUUUCAUUUGUAUUUUUAUUGACCUGCACCAUAUUGUAAGAACGAAAUGAAACACGGCCUGCUUUAGAAAGGAAGAAUGCAAAGACAACACCAAGCUACUAGAAAAACACCGGCACUGUUUUUACCAAACAUCGAGAAACCACCGCCCUCCGUUUGCAUUCCAUUUUUAUGAGGUGAACAAUUGUGGACACCCCUCUUCGAGAGCACAGUAGACCCCCGCCACUGGAGAUGGUUACGGGCCAAGACCGAAACAUGCCUAUUUUUGAUUGCAAUCCAAGGGUAGGCAACCUGCGGCCCGCCUCCUUUUUGUGGCUCAUGACAAAAGAAAACCAAAAAGUGAUUUAUUUGUGGAAUUAUUGUCUACAUACUACUUUAUAUCUUGUAGGUCACACUGAAACUUGAACUCAUUCAAUCCCAGCCCUUUUUCAAAAGACAACCCCUUCAGUUUGCUGGCCAUUUUAGACCAUUUUGACUGAUCUUUCAACACAGAGUAUUGUGUUCUAUGGUUAUACAAACAUGGAACCUAGCAAAAGAAACAUUACACUCCCCUCUUUCAUCAGAAAACAAAGUUAGUUUCUACCUUUUUGCCUUCUGUAGUAAUCAGCAGUAGAACAUAGGCAAGUUUCAGGAAAAUAUCAGUUCCCUACUAAAAAGGGAGAAAACCAGGUUUUUGUAAAAAGAUACCUUUCACUUUGACACAAAUAUUAAAAAACUAUAAAACAUAUAAUAUAACCAUGAACUAUUUACAGUUUUCACAUUUGGAACUGAACUGUGUGUGUGUGUGUGUGUGCACGUGUGUGCGCGCAAGUGCAUGCGUUAAAAAUUUCCCUACAACGCGUAACCUUCUGCGCGCGACACUCCUCCACUUCCUCCGUCCUGUCGUGUGUGUUUUUUUUCAUUCAAAUUCACACGCCGGGCUCUUAUUGAAUCCUCUUCUGCCACCUUGUGGCAGGUUUUAUGGCUUCAAACGUAACAUCCAUUAGUGUGCAAUUGCGUCGUCGCCUCUUUUUGCCUCUCGCGCAAAAAACCCCAUAAAAGACAUUGGGCGUUUGGGAUUAUAAAUGCCUCUCACACGUAUUGGAGGCAUUUUACACUUGCAGUUCUCCACAUGAAGAAAGAGUUGCAGGCGUACAGGAGACAGGACAGUCCAGCGGAACCUCGGUUCAUUCUUUUUCCAUACCACUCGUCUGUAGCUCUGAUAACCGAUCAUUUGAAAGAAUGAUUGGCCAAUGAGGCGAAAUUACCCGUACUGUGCGAGUGAGCAAAUCAAGCGCUCCUUUUUUGACAUUAACGGCCUGCCGCAACUUCCCCUGAGCUCACUCGGAAAUUAACUUUCGCUUUCCGAGGAAGACAUUUUGUACCAAAAACCCCAUCGAGCACAUCAAAAAAACCUCAUCAGUCAGCGCCGCCGCGUUUGAAAAGUCCAAAAGGUUUGCCAGAGACCUCCGUGGCGUCCCACCGGCUGCUCGGAGCAGCGCACCUUCUUGGGCCACGCCAGGUGCAUCCGAUAUCUCCCGUUUUCAUCAUGAAUUACUUCCAAAAGGCGCGAUGAAAGCCAUAAUGUGGGGAAACCAAGGCAAUUUUUCCCGUAGGAAAUCAUUUUAAUCCAAUGAAUCCACUCCAGACACCCCCAAAUUUAGAGCAAAAAAUACAUUUUACAGGAAAUAAUUCUAGUUUUACAUGUGAAAUAAUAACAAAUGAGGAACAGAUGGAACUCAGUGUUGAUGCGGGCUUCCCAUGUAUCCUAGUGAGAUUGAAUUCCAUAGCGUUGCUCCCCUUCUGCAUCAAAUUGCUGCCACUCGCAGCGUGCUUUGGCCCCAUGGCGGGUUAUUUAGCAGCCACUCUCAAACUCGAAAAGCACUCGGAGAGCGCAGACCUCCACCAAGCGCCAUAGUUGCCCCCCAUAUUUGAUUUACAGCAUAAAUAUUAGUCCUACAUUUAUUUGAUCUACGUAUUUAGAAUCCUUCACCAUGAAAACAUACCAUGGAAGGGUUUGAAUGACUUAAAGAAUGCCAACAAUGCUAACAUGCUAAUAUCUAGUAUAAUGGCGCUAAUUGUUUGUAUAAGUGCCUACCUCUGAAAAUGCUACAAAUGUUAGUGUAAUUAUGUUCGCAUGCUAACAUGCUAGCAUGACAGCGCCAAGUGUCUGCUUAAGUUAAUAUUCAUGAAAAUCGCAAAGAAUGCUAGUAUGCUUAUGCUUAGCGUGCUAGCAAUGCUAACAUGCUAAAGUUAGCAUGGUAUCACCUAGCAUAAUAGUGUCUACUUAUGAAAAUGGCUAAAAAUGCUACCAUGCUGAAGUUAGCAUGCUAACAGCUAGCAUGAUAGUACAAAGUGUGCAUACAAGUGUCUACCCCUGAAAAUGGUUAAAAAUGCUACUAUGCUAUUAGCAUGCUAGCAAUGCUAAUGGGGGGGGGGUGGUAUGAAACCCGAGGUUUGACUGUAUCAUACUUGCAAAACGUGGAGCUAGGCAACAUGUCUUCCUGCUGGAAAAUGUUGAAUGAAUUGACUUGAGAGACAGCGUCCUCUGCUGGACUCAUUGCUGCAGCACACCUUUUUGUUUUGUAUGCCAUUUACCAUGAAAAGACAAAGUAGUUCCAAUUUAAAUGAGUUCAAAUAAUAAUGUGGGGGAGGGAAUGCCAUGCUGUGAGUAUGUGAGGAUCUACUGGACUUCCUGUCUCCUCAAAGUUGGACCUUGUUUUCAUGGUUGGGGGGUUGUUGUUUUCUGUGGACGUGAUUCCACUGCCAAGACGUCCUUUGUCCACUUUAAGCUUGAAAUGGCAGGAUGACAUCAUUGCAUGUUUUAUACGGAGAUCAUCUUCCAAUGAAUACAGUCGCCCCUCGUUUAUGGCGGUUGCUUGGGUCCAGACAUGCCAGCGAUAAGUGAAUUUAAGCCAAGUAGGAUUCAAAAUUGCAAUGUUUUUGACAUGGAAGUAGAGGAUGCUGGUAUUUCAUCAUCAUCAUCAUCAUGCUGGCCUCAUGUUAAAUCGCGUACCUCAAUGCAACCCAUCCAAGCUUCCUUCUCAUUCAACGCACAGGAGUAGAACAAACGAUGCUGAUUCAUCAUGUUUGUUGACCGUAUUCUUCAUUUGUGUCGUUUCAGUCGUGUGUCGGUCUGCGUAGCAGCAGAAGAAAGCAUGUUUUGUUUGGGAAGAGUGGAAGGCUUGAUGAAUGCGUGUGUGUCCUCCAGACAAACGCCACGCUCUUCUGUUUCCGCUUCAAUUUGCAGCAGAUUGUGGGCUGUGACGCCAUUGAACACACCACCACGGAGCGUUAGGGCCACGCUGGGGAAAAAAAGGGAAUAAAAUGAGUACAUUUACAAGGAAAAAAUAGCACAUUUACGAGAAAAAAUGUCAAAUGUACAAGAGUCGUAAAUUAACGAGGAAAGAGUCGCAAAUUUGAGACAAAAGUUGUACAUUUUCAAGCAGGUGGUCGUACAUUUAUGAGAGAAAAAGUCAUACAUGUACGAGAAAAGUCAUAAGUCUAUGAGAAAAAGUUGCAAAUCUCCGAGAAAAAAAGUCGCAAAUUUACGAGAAAAAAGUAGGAAAUUUAGAAGAAAAAAAGUUGUAAAUUAAAAAAAAAAAGAAAUGUCAAAUCUAUGAGAAAAAGGUUGUAAAUGUAAGAGAAAAAAGUUGCAAACUUCCAAAAAGUCAUAAAUCUACGAGAAAAAAGUCGCAAACCUGAAAGAAAAAAACGUCUAAAGAGAAAAGUAAUACAUUUAUGAGAGCAAAAUGUCAAAUCUACGGGAAAAAAAAGUUGUAAAUCUAAAAGAAAAAAGUAGUACAUUUAUGAGGAUAAAAGGUGUAAAUUUAUGAGAAAAAAGUCAGUUUACAAGAAAAAAGUAAAGUAACAAGAAAAAGUCAUAUUCGUAAAUUUGCAAGAAAAAAGUCGUAGGUUUACAAGAAAAAGUCAAAUCUACGAAAAAAGUCAUACAUUGAUGAGUCCAUUUAUGUUGUAAAUUUACGUUUUUAUUCCCUGAAAUUUGCAGCUUUUUUCCCAUAAAUUUAAGACUUUUUCUCAUAAUUUUCCGACUUUUCUCAGAAAUUUACGACUUAAUUCUAAAUUCAUAAAUUUGCAAGAAAAAAGGUGUAAAUUUACGAGAACCAAGUCUUAAAUUUACGAGAAAAAGUACAAAUACACGAAUAAAGUUGUAAAUUUAUUUACGAGAAAAAAAGUCAUAAAUUUACGAGAAUAAAGUGAAAAAUUUACAAGAAAAAGUCUUAAAUUUACGAGAAAAAUGUUGUACAAAAAAAACCUUACAUUUAUGAGUAAAAGUCUUAAAUGAAUGAGAAUAAAGUCAUAAAUUUAUGAGAAAAAUGUUGCACAUUUACAAGAAAAAAAGUCGUACAUUUACGAGAAAAAAGUCCUAAAUUUACGAGAAUAAAGUAAAAAAUUAAUGAGAAAAAGUCUUAAAUUUAUUUAAAAAAUGUGUUAAUUUACGUGAAUAAAGUCGUAAAUGUAUGAGAAAAAACCUGGUAACUUUAUGUGACAAGCGUUCAUGUGGAGGGGGCGGGGCAAGGAAGGUGGAAGUGAUAUGAUGCUAACCCAUGCUAAUCUGUUUGUGCUCAACCGCUCUGUUUUGCUGCCACGUUCUAAAUAAAAGCUUGCCUGAAGCGAGAGGAAAGUUUCCUUCCUUCCUUCCUGAAGAGCUGUGCUCUACUUUCCCUGUGACACGUAUGACAGCAUGAAAAUGCAUGCGUGAAAUACUGCAUGGUUUUUAAAACAAGGUGAAUUUUGUCUGAAAAGAAACGAAUCUUGAAGAUGGCGUCGUCUCAUAUUUGGAUCAACACGGGAUUGGUGUAUAGCAGGGGUCUCCAAAGUGCGGCCUGGCGGCCAUUUGUGGCUCGUGGCACAUUCUAAAAAGGUAUUAUUUUACAAGAAAACUUUAUUUAAAAAAAUCCCAGCAGCAGCAAAAAAAACUAGAAAAAUCAGCAGUGAUUCUGCAAAAAUACAAUCCAAACAUUCAGGGAAAUGAGAAAAUGAGAAAAAGUAGUCCUUUCAGAGAAUAACAUAAUCUCACGAGGAGAAAUAACCUCAUUUUAUUAGUUGACCGUUUUUAUCAUAAUGUUAUGAGAAACAAACAAACACUUUUGGACAAAUUAGAUUGUGGAAAAAAGUUGCAAUAUUAUGAGGAUAAAGUCAUGAUAUUACCACAGGAACAUCUACAAGAAGAAAUAAUUGGGGGGAAAAAACAACAGCGGAAAUGAAACAAAAACACAUGUAAUUUUAAAGGAAAAAAGACAAAAUAUUAAGAGAAGAAUUCUUUAAAAAGUCACAAUUUCACAAGAAUAAAGUCCUAAUAAUAAUAAUAAUAAUAAUAACUAAAAGUCAUAAAAGUUGUAAUUUGGGACAAUUAAAUUGAGGAAAAAGUUGGACAAAAGUCAAAAUAUUAUGAGAAUAAAGAAAUAUUUCCAGAAGAAAAUUUACAAGAAAAGAAAUGGUUUUGAAAAAAAACAGCCGAAAUGAGAAAAAAAAGGAAUUUUACAGGAAUAAAGUCAAAUUAUGAAGAGAAAAAAAGUUUAAUCCUGGACAAUUAAAUUGGGGGAAAGUUGUAAUAUUAUGGGGAUAAAGUCUAAAUAUAAUGAGAAUAAAGUCAGAAUAUUAUGAGAAAAAAAUUACAAGAACAAAGUUUGAAAGCUGGGGAAAAAACAUCAAAAAUGAAAAAAACAGAUGCAAUUUUACAGGUAUAAAGUCAAAAUAUUCAGAGAAAAACUCCCAAUUUCACAAGAAUAAACUCGUAAUAUAAGGAAAAAUAACAUCAUUUUAGUAGCACGGAGUUGGAAUUGUAGUUUUUUUAAGUCGUAAAAGUUGUAAUCUUGGACAAUUAAAUUGAGGAAAAAGUUGUCAUAUUAUGGGAAUAAAGUCAAAAUAUUAAGAAAAUACAAGAAGAAAUAGUUGGAAAAAAACAGAUGUCAUUUUAUGGGAAUAAAAUAAAAUAUUACAAGAAAAGAGCUUAGAAAGUCACAAUUUAUGAGAAUAAAAUCCUAAUUUUAGGAAAAAUAACAUCAUUUUAGUAGCUCAGAGUUGAAAUUGUAAAAACAUUUACGAGAAAAGUCGUAAGUCUAGAAGAAACAAGUACUAAAUCUAUGAGAAAAAAAGUUGUAAAUUUACAAGAACAUUUACGCGAAAAAAAAGUCAUAAAUCUACGAUUAAAAGUCAUAUAUAUGAGAAAAACAGUUGUAAAGCCAUUUGCGAGAAUAAGCCGUAAAUUUACGAGAAUAAAAGUUGUAAAUUUUUGAGAAAAAAACGGACAUAUAUGAGAAAAAAGUCGUAAAUCUACGAGAAAGAAGAUGUAGUUUAUGAGGAAAAAUUUACAAGAGAAAAGUUCUAAAUGUAUAAGAAAAAAAGUCAUAAAUUUACAAAAAGUAGUCAAUUGCAAGAAGGAAAGUCAUAAAUCUAUGGAAAAAAAGUUGCAAAUUUACAAGAAAAAAGUCAUAACUUUACAAGAAAAAACGUAAAUUUAUGAGAAAAAAUGCAAAAUCUAAGAGAAAAAAGUCAUACAUUUGCUAAAAAAAAGUCAUAAAUUCUCGCAAAAAAGUCCUACAUUUCCAAGAAAAAAAGUCGUAAGUC